UGGUUUUAGCAUUGGUGGGUGUGAUGAGGUUAUUAUUAUCCACUGGUGCCAAAUUCAACUUGUAAGGGAAAAGAAGCCACUCACCCCGAUAAUGCUUUAGGGUCCGGCAACUGCAAGGCCAAUCUCACAAAUUCUCUCUCUUUUUCAUUAAGAAGAUCGUCAUAUACUUCUUUUUUUUUGGGUAAUUAAGACAGAUGGCCGAGCUCUCUUUGUGUUGCAAUAGCUUGACUCCCCGAGCACUACCACCACGGCCAGUUCAGCAUCCUCGGUCAAGUCCAAGCUGGAUACCUACAGGUGGCUUAGAGCAAAGACGUGGAACAAGAGCAGCGUUCGCAGCAAAACCUGGUGGAUUUUCGCUUAAUUCGAUCUCGAAAAGUUGUCAAACAUGUAGAGGAAAAGGUGCUAUAGAAUGUCCAGGCUGUAAGGGAACAGGAAAAAAUAAGAAGAAUGGAAAUAUUUUUGAGCGCUGGAAGGUGGGCUAACGCCAGAGCAAAGGGGAGAGAGAUAACUUCCAAGUUGUUUAUAGCACAUUGAAUUUAUACAUUGUACCUAUUUAUGGAAAUUGAUCCGAAUACUUGAUGAGAAAUCAGGAUCAAUAGUUAAAACUUGUAUUUGUUACUCUGCAAGGAGUCUGAUUAACUUCGCUAGCUACAGUUGGACCCCUCAAUUGUCUCGACCUGCAAAACCAAGUAUGCUUAUUAAUCAGAAGAGACGAGAGCGUGCAGUGUGCACAACACUAUCCAAAUACAGGAAACUUUUGAGCUCUAUUCACGAGAAAGAUGUAGAAUUGCUGCUCCCUCCCAGCAACAGCAGAGAGGGGUAGGUGUGGCGUGGUGUGUUGGUAUCGAAGCCUAGCUAUCAUUCAUCUAUCUGCUUGGUAGUUGCCAACACACGCAUCUCUAUAAAAUAAAGAGGAAGAUGAGCAAGUUCAAAUAUAAGCCCUGCGCCUCCAAGACUCUGUUAUAUAUAUAGUGUUUAGUGCAUCGUGAUGAUAAGGGUGGACACUUGUUAUAUAUAUAUUAAAUACGGUAUGUAUGAGAGAAUGUCUCAAAAUGUACGUGGACACUUGUUGCGUAACAUGACGUUUUGACUAGGAAAACAUACUAACUAACCCCGUUAACCAUGCAAAGCCCUCUCUCUCUCUCUCUCUCUACAGCCACUCUUCCUCUUCCUAGGGGUUGGCUUAAUUUCCAUGUACGUAAUCGGCAUUGAUCUCCAAUUUCAUUCAGUUUAAGAUGGAUUCCUUUAGAGGACAAGGUGGCAUUCAGAUGCUGUUAACUGCGGAACAGGAGGCCCAACACAUCGUUUCCAGUGCUAGAAACUUAAAGAUAAAAAGGUUGAAGCAAGCGCAAGAAGACGCAGAUAGGGAGGUGGGACUCUAUCGCUCUCAUCUGGAAGCUGAGUUCCAAAAGAAAAUUGCUGAGACUAGUGGGAGCUCUGGGUUUAAUGCAAAACGGCUUGAAGUGGAUACUGAAGUGAAGAUUCAAAACUUGAAGGAAUCAGCAUCUAGAAUCUCAUCUGAUGUGAUUGGCAUGCUCAUCAAGCAUGUUACAACAUUGAAUAAAUGAUCUCAUGUGUACAUGAAGGCAGCCAUAAUGAGAGAAGAAGCCAUGAACGCAAUAUUAAUAAGCUGCAACUGCAUGUAUGCUGCAUAUAUAGCAGGCCAGAUGUAUCUACUCUCUUUCCAAUAAGCAUAUUUUGCCAUAUUUUCUUUUCUAAGCCUAUUAAUGUAGUCUUGAUCUGCAAUUAAUGAUCUUUUAUAUUCUUUAAAAUUCUUGCAAUCCUACCCAUUUAUUUUUGUUUCCAAA